CGGACUGGAAGGGGGGGGAAGUGUCCGGACUGGAAGGGGGGGAAAGUCUCCGGACUGGAAGGGGGGGAAAGCGUGCGGACUGGAAGGGGGGGGAAAGCGUCCGGACUGGAAGGGGGGGAAAGCGUGCGGACUGGAAGAGGGGGGGAAGCGUCCGGACUGGAAGGGGGGGGGGAAGCGUCCGGACUGGAAGGGGGGGGGAAGCGUCCGGACUGGAAGGGGGGGAAAGAGUCCGGACUGGAAGGGGGGGAAAGUGUCCGGACUGGAAGGGGGGGAAAGUUCCGGACUGGAAGGGGGGGGGGGGAGUGUCGGGACUGUAAGUGGUUAAACUUCAGGUCCUGG